ACUGCUGCUGGCGGCUUUGCGGGGCAAAAUUUCUCGCUGGCUAGCCUUCUUUUCCCUCCCGCACUUUGGUGGGGAGGGGGUGGACCCUCGUGUCAGUGCCCAAGUUCACGAUGACCCGAGAGAACCCGAGGAAGCUGUCGCUGGGGCCAUUUCCCCCAGCGCCUCGACUUGCUGGCCCCGGAGGGGAAGGAGCACCGAGGCCGUGACUGCGACGGUUAGCCCGCCCUCUUGCUGUCGCCUUCUUUGCCAACAAACAUCAAAUCAGACUCAAACAGAUUCAUUAUCUCCAUCCCCUAAUCCUGUGUCACCUGUGCCUUUGAAUAACCCAGCAAGUGCCCCAAGAUACGGAACGGUGAUCCCAAAUCGCAUCUUUGUAGGAGGAAUUGACUUUAAGUAUGGGUCUGUAAAAGAAGUGAAGAUUGUAAAUGACAGAGCUGGAGUCUCUAAAGGGUAUGGCUUCAUCACUCUUGAAACACAAGAAGAUGCACAAAAGAUUUUACAAGAGGCUGAAAAACUUAAUUAUAAGGAUAAGAAACUGAACAUUGGUCCAGCAAUAAGAAAACAACAAGUAGGGAUCCCUCGUUCUAGUAUAAUGCCAGCAGCUGGAACAAUGUAUCUCACAACUUCAACUGGAUAUCCUUACACUUAUCAUAAUGGUGUUGCUUAUUUUCAUACUCCAGAGGUAACUUCUGUUCCCCCACCUUGGCCUUCACGCUCUAUAUCUAGUUCCCCUGUGAUGGUAGCUCAGCCUGUUUAUCAGCAGCCUGCAUAUCACUACCAGGCCCCUGCACAGUGUCUACCAGGACAAUGGCAGUGGGGUGUUCCUCAGUCUUCUGCCUCUUCUGCUCCAUUUUUAUACCUGCAACCUUCCGAGGUUAUUUAUCAACCAGUGGAAAUUUCACAAGAUAGUGGGUGUAUUCCUCCUCCACUAUCUUUAAUGGAAACUUCCAUUCCAGAGCCUUACUCUGAUCAUGGAGUUCAAGCAACAUACCAUCAGGUUUAUGCUCCAAGUGCCAUUGCUAUGCCUGCUCCUGUGAUGCAGCCUGAACCAAUUAAAACAGUGUGGAGCAUCCAUUAUUAAGACAGUUGGGCAGCUCUAGUCCAGCUCAACUGAUUUCUUGUCCAAUGAUCCUUGUGUGGCCGAGAUCCAGCUUCAACGAACCGGCUAGAAGCUGCCCAUUGUGAAACUUAGGGUUAGUUAAUACAUCAUCAUACUUAAUUAUUCCACUAUAAACUGUCUAAAUUUGGUGAAAUUUGCUUUUUCAGUUGCUCUACAAAAGUAUAGGUGUGGCAUGUUGGUGUUUUUAUGUGUUUACCUAACUGUAGUAACAUUUUUUACAACAUGUUUUUUAUCCAUUCCAUAAAUAAUAACUACACUGGG